GUCACCGCUGUUAUUGAUAAGGCAUGUGAAAAUAGUGCAUUGAAAACAGCAAUUUGCGAUCAAUCUGCGAUUUAAUUAUUUUUCAUAAUACGGUAGAAAAUGGAUCGAGAAAAUUCAUAUGAAUAUGCGGCAAACGUUAAGGACAAGGUCAAGAGACUUGAAGCCAAGGUCAACAAAAGCCCUGGACAAAAUUCAGUCAGCAAUAUGGGUGUUCGGCCUCCACCAACAAAAAAUCAGACUAAUAAAGCAGAACUGAAUAACUCUUCAGAAACAUUGAACUUUGUGGGAAGUUCAGCCGCUGCCGUGAUGGAUGUAGAAAUCACCCAGUUGAAUUCGCCACAUUUUCCAACGGCUGCACCCAAAGUUUCAGUUAACGGAUCGAAUUUCGAGUCGGACAGCGACACGGACAUCGAUCCUCCAAUCAGUGUCAAAAACCUUCUGAGAAGAUUUUCCGCGGGGAUGACCCACACCUUUAGAAAAAAGAGUCCAGACCGUGAAAAUGGAGAAAGUUCAAAUAAAGCUGGUGUCGCAACAAAUUCCUUACUUGUGCCUCGUGGGGUGGUUGACUUAGAUGAUUCGACUGAAAAAAAUACUGCGCCAGAAGGAAUUGGAAUACCUCGAAGCAAAUCUGUUUCACAUAAACAGAAACCUACAGCCGUCUUGGCGAAGAAAUCAGCUCAAAAUAUAGCAAACGUUCCUAACAAGGAUGCAGAAAUACUCACGGCCAAAACAACAAUACAGAGAAGAGGAAGUGGCACAACCACUCAUAAAGUGCCAAUAAGCAAGAAAACUCCUUCGUCAACAUCAUUCGAAGGAACACAGAGUUCAUUUGCUUUAAGCAAAUUACUGCAUUUUCAGAGAAGCUCUAAAAAACAGAAUGAAAGUGAACAACAAGAAGAUGACCCAGAAUCAAAAGUGCCACAACAUCAGAACAAAAUAAUUCAGAAUGGCGUUACUGGUUCCAUGGCUGUAAAUGGACGUGAACUCCAGGAUGUAAUUUCAACAAAUGAACAGUUAAAACCAUUUCCACCGAGCAAUACUGAUGCUCCUGUCGUUACUCCUUUUGAGAAUGAAACCAGUGAAAAAUCCUUCAUAAAGAACGAGAAAGAAGUUAACAAUAAUUCAAAUUCCCAAGUAGUCCCAAAACCAAAGCCACGGGUGGACAAGCAGCCAGUUGAAGAUAAAGUCCAGCAUGAAAAAGGGGUUCAGGAUUCGCUUACAAUGCAAACUGAAAUAAUUUUAGUGGUGGGACCAAGUCGAGCUGGGAAAUCUUCCAUCAUAAACCAUAUACUACACCAAGAUUUGUCAACCAUCUACAAAUCCCGACCAUCUGAACGUGAGAUUGUGCAAUGCGUUGCUAAUAGUAAGUCCAAAACAGGGUCACAUCUUCAGGAAGAAUUGUCCUCCUCUCUUGUCCUCAUCGACACUCCUGGCUUCACUAGUGACAAAAUGGGUGCUGCAAUGUGGUCUACUUUGCUUCAACAUCUUGACAAUUCCUCCACACCUCUAGAUCCAAAGCCUCCAAGCUUGAUUCUUGUCGUGGUUAGUGAAGCUGAAACAACAUCUUUUGUCGAAUCUGAUGAGUUUCAAAAUUUUUGCAAAGCACUGUCGCACUACUGCACAAAUUCGUUUAUGGGGUUUUCAAAAAUUGUGUUUGUCGUGACAUAUUCUGCCCCGUUGGAUAUUGCAGCUAGUCGACUGGCGAUAGAAAGACUUUCCAUUCUGGCUCGUCCAUAUUUUCCAGUCCGAGUUUGCUUUCAUAGAAUUAUGCACACAAAGGAGAAAGACUUGUCAUCUAACAUAUUGACAUCAACUCGUCCCGAUCUUCUCGCAGGCCUUAGAUCAUUCUGUACCAAUGAUAACAAAGGAGAUAAUACUGUCCCCACAACAGGAAUGACCAAACACCACGAGACUCACCCUGUUCUAAAACAUGUCUUUGCUACAGACUACCCUAAAACUAUCACUGAAUGCUUCGUUUCAAAACGAGUUUCGCUUAAAUCCAUUGAGCACCCAGACACCCUCAAAACCUAUAAAAUUCUGCAAAAUCUGUAUCAAAAUGUAAUUAUUGAACCAACGGAAAUAUCAACUCUGCUUGAGAUUGGCUGGGAGAACGUGAACAACAGCUUGAGAAAAAAAUAUCCAUCCGCUCUCCUAGUUAUCCAGCAAGUUAUGCAAAGAUGUAAAAUUCGUACAUUUUCAGACCUUCCUGAAGACCCCAUGAAUAUAUUCCAACUGUUAAAAAAUAUUCCGCAACACAAUCCAGCCAUUGCAGAUUUAUUGAUAGAAACGCUCCAGUUGAAAGUACCAUCCUGUUACGCUGCUCUAUAUAUUGGGCAAGGAUAUGAUGUUAGCAAGGACGCUGUCACCCAUGUAUCUCCUUUCCAAUUGUCUGGGGCACUGAAAACAUCCCCUGUGGGGCUCAUCCCCAAUGAAAUUGGCUGCAAACUCACAGAGGACAGAGAAAUAAUAUUCAAGUUUUUCUGCACUCUGGAAGAAUAUGCUCUGGAUAGAUUCAAAGAUUUGGCGAUAAAACACGUCACAUUUCCGAAAAGUGGACCUCCGGUGACGCUGACUGCCAAUCAGAAGAUUGGUUACAACAUUGUCAAACCAAAUCAGGAGCCGACCAAAACGACAACUGCCACGUCGAACGUAGAAUAUCGAGCAUUUCAGCUUUCUUUGUCACGAGGAGAGGAGAUUGAGUUCAAGCAACAAUUCUGGGAUACGAUUUCCUCUCUGCCAGAAUUAAACAUAAAAGAUCCAGAGACGGUUGACUGUUGGAGUGAAUUCUUCAAGUACUGGGGAACGCAUAUUGUAAAAGCAGCCCACGCAGGAGGAUCCAUCCAAGUGACCUUUCGGGGGAAAAUACUCUCAAAGAUUUUCAAGUCAAUCUACCAAAAAUCCGAAAUUCUUACUGAUGAACUUGAAACGAGUCGUGUUUUCCAGUGGCUCACGGGAGAUGGAUUGGAUUUUGCACGCCCACAAAAUGCCAAAAUUGAGUUUAUGCAAGGUUGUGAUGUGGACACCAGCUUUCACGGUGGUGACAUGAGAUUUCAGCAAACUGACCUGACAAAACUUGAUCAUGACAAAGUAUCCUCAACUCGAGAAGAAUGGAUUCAAAGUUUACCUGGAAAUCCUCUAAUUUUAGAAACUAAUUUGGUAUUAGUUCCAAUUAGUUAUUUUGUACGACAGAAAUCAGAAGGCAUCGCGACUAAAAUGGAUGUUGCAUUCCUUCAUUUUUACUCAAAUUUUAUAGGCUCACAGGCAAAACAAAGCAACUGUUCUAUUUUGUAAAAUAUGUAUUGAUUCAAUCAGCACUUAUUCAAUAUUCAAUAUUAAUUUUUUUUAUAGCAUCAAUAAAGGUUGUUAUUAGAGCGAAAUGCUAUCGGAUCGUCUCGAAUAAAUA